CCCCAAAUGCAAUGCGAUCGAAAUUAUGAUUAUUGGAAAAAUUAAAUAAAUUCUCCUUCUCUCGUUACCUCUAGACUCUCUCUCAAGGAAAAUACUAUACAGUUCAAAACUCAAGGCUCGUCCUGUCACAUGAAAAUCAAAUCAAACUCUCUGUGUCUCUCUCUCUAAGAAAUUUCCAAAACCCUAGGGCUUCACCUUCCAGUUCUCUGCAAGAUCCAAUCCAACCAUGGCUGACGAGCCCUCAGUGGCACCACCUCAACACGGUUCUUCUUCUCCUUUACCCUCAGCUUCGCCCCUCGGCAACUCCGUGAUCCCGAUAGUGAACAAGCUGCAAGACAUCUUCGCCCAGCUCGGUUCCCAAUCCACCAUCGAGCUCCCUCAGGUCGCCGUCGUCGGCAGCCAGAGUAGCGGCAAAUCGAGCGUUCUCGAGGCCUUAGUCGGCCGUGACUUCUUGCCGCGUGGUUCCGAAAUUUGCACGCGCCGACCACUCGUGCUCCAGCUCUUGCAGACUAAGCGCAACCCCGACGGCACUGACGAGGAGUAUGGCGAGUUCCUGCACGUUCCUGGGAGGCGCUUCCACGAUUUCUCCGAGAUUCGGAGGGAAAUUCAGCUGGAGACAGAGAGAGAAGCAGGGGGGAAUAAAGGUGUCACAGACAAGCAGAUACGUUUGAAGAUUUUUUCACCUAAUGUUCUUGAUAUCACUCUGGUAGAUUUACCUGGGAUAACCAAGGUUCCUGUUGGUGACCAACCCUCUGAUAUAGAAGCACGAAUCAGGACUAUGAUCAUGUCUUAUAUCAAAGUUCCGAGCUGCUUAAUUCUCGCUGUUACAGCAGCAAAUUCUGACUUAGCAAACUCAGAUGCUCUUCAGAUUGCAGGAAAUGCUGAUCCUGAUGGUCUGCGAACCAUUGGAGUAAUCACAAAGUUGGAUAUAAUGGAUAGAGGUACUGAUGCUCGUAAUCUUUUGCUUGGAAAAGUGAUUCCCUUGCGACUUGGUUAUAUAGGUGUUGUGAAUCGUAGUCAGGAGGAUAUUACGAUGAACCGGAGUAUUAAGGAUGCACUUGUGGCUGAGGAAAAGUUUUUCCGCAGCCGGCCUGUAUAUAAUGGUCUAGCUGAUCGCUGUGGCAUCCCUCAGUUGGCAAAGAAGUUGAACCAGAUUCUGGUGCAACAUAUUAAGGCAGUACUUCCGGGGCUCAAAUCACGCAUAAGCUCUGCACUAGUUUCUGUUGCCAAGGAGCACGCCAGUUAUGGAGAAAUCACAGAAUCAAAGGCGGGCCAGGGGGCUCUUCUCCUCAACAUUCUUUCAAAGUACUCUGAAGCAUUUUCUACAAUGGUUGAGGGGAAAAAUGAAGAAAUGUCAACAUCUGAGCUUUCUGGUGGAGCGCGAAUUCACUAUAUUUUUCAAAAUAUCUUUGUGAAAAGUUUAGAGGAGGUGGAUCCGUGCGAGGACCUUACAGAUGAUGACAUUCGAACUGCCAUUCAAAAUGCCACUGGUCCUAAAUCUGCAUUGUUUGUACCAGAAGUGCCUUUUGAAAAUCUUGUCAGGAGGCAAAUAGCUCGUUUGUUAGAUCCAAGCCUUCAGUGUGCCAGGUUCAUAUAUGACGAGUUGAUGAAGAUUAGCCAUCGCUGCCUAGUAAAUGAAUUGCAGCGAUUUCCUGUUCUGAGAAAGCGGAUGGAUGAAGUCAUAGGGAACUUCUUGCGAGAAGGCCUUGAACCCUCUGAGACAAUGAUUGGACACAUUAUUGAGAUGGAGAUGGACUACAUAAAUACUUCACACGCAAAUUUUAUUGGUGGAAGUAAGGCUGUUGAGAAUGCAUUGCAACAGGUGAAGUCCUCUCGGAUACCCCUGCCUCUUUCCAGGCAAAAGGAUGGUGUAGAUUCUGAUAAAGCACCACCAUCUGAAAGAAGUUUGAAAUCUAGAGCAAUUCUUGCCAGACAAGUAAAUGGAAUUGUGCCUCCUGACCAGGGUGUCCGACCUGUGGUAGACAGUGAAAAAAAUGCAUCUUCUGGGAAUAUAUUAGGAGGCGCAACUGGUUCAAGUUGGGGGAUUUCAUCAAUUUUUGGUGGGAGUGAUAACCGCACACCUGCCAAAGAGAAUUUAAUAAACAAGUCAUAUAACGAACCUAUUCACAACGUUGAUCAAGCUGUCUCUAUGAUCCAUUUAAGAGAGCCCCCAACUGUCUUGCGGCCCACAGAGAACCACUCAGAGCAGGAGACAAUUGAAAUUGCAGUCACAAAACUCCUAUUAAGAUCAUACUAUGACAUUGUUAGGAAGAACAUAGAGGAUUCUGUUCCAAAAGCAAUAAUGCACUUCCUGGUAAAUCAUACAAAGCGUGAGCUGCACAACGUCUUCAUUAAAAAGCUUUACCGAGAGAACCUGUUUGAAGAGAUGCUGCAGGAACCUGAUGAAGUGGCAAUGAAGAGAAAGCGCACCCGGGAAACCCUUCGAGUUCUGCAACAGGCUUUCCGGACAUUGGAUGAACUGCCUUUGGAAGCGGAAACAGUGGAAAAGGGUUACAGUUUGGGUGCUGAUCCAACGGGGUUGCCAAAGAUCCAUGGAUUACCAACGUCAUCGAUGUAUAAUACAAGCAGUUCAAAUGAUUCCUACUCAGCUUCACCUAAGAAUCCAAAGCCCAGAAAGUCAUCUCACUCUGGGGAGCUUCACUCACCAUUUUACGCUAAUGCAGAUUCUAAUGGAAGCGGACGCAUGUACAUGCCUGGUCUCUAUCCAUCGGUUGAUUAAUAAGCCAUUCAAGUAGCUGCGAGUCUUUUAAAAUAGUGUCAAAGCAUUAUAUUCAUUUGAUUCCGCUGUCCCAACUCUGGAGGUGAUUGGAAGUCCACCAUCUGUAGUCUGAUUGUUGGGGAGGUAGUAUUUUGUUCCAACUGAUUUGUGCAAAUCGGGUAUCCGGCAUUGCUUUUUCGUCUGCGCAUUUAUCGUCUCCUUUUAUACAGAGUAUAGGCUGAUAAUUGUAUUUUUUUCUACUAGGCCCCAAGAAUAACAGGGAGCCUCCGCUUAUACCUUUCUUACCUAAUUUUUGUCAGAAUCAGAUGGCUUCUCAGAUAUGCAUAUAUAUCUCCAUUUUUUUUUUCUUUUUUCAUUUGAGAUUGUUUUGACCUUAGUAAUGAAAUUAUGUGGGUUGUGUCAAA